AUGGCCCCCGGAAGCAUCGAAGUUGACGUGCCUGUGGCCAGGAGUGUUGGCGUUACUCCCUCAACAAAACCUCUAAAGCUUUCCGGAGCCCUGAAUGACUUCGAAUCGUUCGACCCUACCCCCCUGACUGGCCGCGAAUUCCCCAAGGCGAACAUCGUAGAUUGGUUGAGAGCGCCAAACUCUGAUGCCCUGAUUCGAGAUCUUGCCAUCACCGUCUCCCAGCGCGGCGUGGUCUUCUUCCGCAAACAAGACGACCUUACACCCGAGUUGCAAAAGGAGCUGCUUACCAGACUUGGCGAGCUCACUUGUCGGCCUGCGGCUUCCGGUCUUCACAUCCACCCCUUUUUCAACGCUGAGCGUGACGACCAAGGGGACGACCACGUGGUCAGCUACAUCCACCAAAAGCAGCAGAAACCGGAACCCUUGAUCAAGAGCAGCGACUUGGCCGCCGACGCCUUGUGCCCAAAGAAGCAGAACACGGCCGAGUGGCACAGCGACGCCUGCUUCGAGCCUGUGCCGGCAGACUACUCGUGUUUGCGGCUCACGACCAUACCUCCUACGGGAGGCGACACUUUGUGGGCAAAUGGAUAUGAGCUCUACGACAAGAUUAGCGAGCCGUAUCAAAAGUUUCUCGAGACUCUUACAGUGACGUUUGAGCCGCCCGGUCUCAAGCAGAUGUGUGACGCCGCGGGCGUCACUCUCUAUUCCAAAGAGCGGGGCAACCCCGAGAACGUUGGUGAUGUGAUCAAGGCCGUGCAUCCCGUCGUGCGAACGAAUCCUGUCACGGGAUGGAAGAGCGUCUUCGCGAUUGGCGGCAUGGUCAAGCACAUCAACCGCGUCACCAGCGAAGAGAGCAAGAUGCUCGUUGACUGGUUCCACGACUUGAUCUUCAAGAAUCACACCAUCCAAGUGCGAUUUAACUGGAAGGACCCUAAUGACUUUGCCAUCUGGGAUAAUCGGAGCUUCUACCACUCCGCCACCUACGAUUUCUGGCAGAUGGGUGACAGGCACGGAUGUCGGGGCUCUGGAGUCGGCGAAAAGCCUUACCUCGACCCCAAGAGUAAGUCUAGAAGGGAAGAUCUGGCUGCCAACGGACCAUAG